AUGGAGCCCAAACCAGACAUAUCUCCACCAUCUGUGAAGAGACAGAAAACAUUAUCUGAUAAAGAGGGUGACCAAUGUGAUGAUGCAUCACAGCAAGUAGUCAUGUAUAAGAAUGACAAAAGUGAUAGGGGACAAGAUGAACAGAGUGCAAGCCAUCUCCCAAUUGUACCAGCAAAACCAUCAAAGCCACGAAAGCGUGCAUUGGGAAACCAAAUUGGAGCCUUUGCUGCUCAAUGUGCUAAAUGUCAGAAAUGGAGACUUAUUUCAACAAAAGAGAAGUACGAAGAAAUUCGAGAGCAAGCUCUACAGGAUCUUUUUGUCUGUGAAAAAGCCCGUGAGUGGAAGCCUGAUGUGACAUGCGAUGACCCAUCAGAUGUACCUCAGGACAGCGCUAAGGAUGGGAAAGGUUGA